CUAUUUUCCCCGAAAUGGAGAGCAUAUAUUUUCCUUUAUAAUAUUUUCAUCAGUAUUUAUAUUUAUAGUAUAAGAGUUUCAUAACACAAUUUUAUAUGCAAUUAAAUGUACUAAUAUGCAGCUUUUGUGUUAAAUGCACAAGAUGUUUAUGAAUGCCAGGAAAUGUGCUGCAUAUUUCAACAAUCAUUGGCGGUGGUAUCGGCGGUGCGGCAAGCUCGCAUUUCCUUUCAGAAUUAUUUAAAAGUAAUCUUAAUAUCGAUUUGUACGAAGCAAAAACUAUUGGCGGACGUCUAGCUACAAUAAAAAUUGAUGAUAAUGAAUUUGAAGCCGGUGGUUCCAUCAUACAUCCAGAAAAUAAAUACAUGCAACAAUUUGUUAAAUUACUUGGUUUAGAACAUGCGCCGACUAAUGAUCAAAGAGCAGGCAUUUGGAACGGUAAUGAAUUUGUAUUCGAAGAAAGUAAUUGGAGCAUUAUAUCGUUAGCUAAAUUACUUUAUAGAUAUGGCUUUCAGCCGUUUACUCUCAAUAGAUAUAUAAAUUCCAUAGUAAAUAGCUUUGCAAAAAUAUAUGAUUUACAGGAUGCUGGAAAGUCUUUUGAAAAUAUCACUAGUUUUUUAACGAUAAUGAAUGCAGAGUUUCCAAAGUUAUUACAAGUAUCUAUUAAAGAGCACCUUUUAAGUUUGGGAUAUACAGACAAAUUAAUCGAUGAAAUUGUUAAAGCUACAUCUGUUGUUAAUUAUGGACAGGAUACCAAUAUUCAUAGUUUUGUUGGUAGUGUAUCUUUAGCUGGAGCAGGUUACAACUUGUGGUCUGUUAAAGGGGGAAAUAAAAAGGUACCUGAACAUUUAAUAUACAGAAAUAAAAAUGUAAAUGUUGUGCCUUCCUGUGUUACAAAAGUUAUUAAUUUGCCAAAAGAAGAUGGUACAAAUUUAUACGAAGUGUAUUAUCACAAUAAAGAUAGUACAACUGUAAUGAGUUCAAUAUAUGAUAUUGUAAUUAUUGCAACUCCUCUACAUCAUAAUCAAGAAUUUCCCAUAAUUUUCGAAGGGUUCCCACGCGUUGAUGUUUUCUCCGAUAUAGGGAAAUAUCAUCAAACUAUGGUUACAUUUAUUAAAGCAGAUUUAAAACCACAUUAUUUCGGUUUGAUCGAGGAAAUAGACGGUAUUCUGAGUUGUGAACCCAAUAAAACAAUAAUUAGUUCUGUGGGUAGAUUGAAUUCUGUAGAGGGUGGAUCGAAGCACAGUAAAGUUUGGAAAAUCUUCAGCAAUAGACAAUUAAAACCAGAAAUUAUUAAUGAAAUGUUCUCAAAUAUCAAUGACGCGAAGAAUAUCACUUGGGAGGCAUACCCUGAAUAUUCAACAGCAGUUCACGAGGCGAAAUUUAAAUUGCACAGGGCGCUUUAUCAUGUGAAUGCCAUUGAAUGGGCGGCCAGUGCAAUGGAAAUGAGUGCAAUAGGUGGAAGAAAUGUUGCAAUUUUAGCACAUAAAGAAUUUUCUCAAAAAAAUUGCAAAUUUAAUGAAAAUAUGCAAACUGAUGUGCCUGAAAAUACACCGUCUGUUGAAUUAUAGUAACACAGUAAUUAUUGUUAUACAAAUAUGUGCAUUUACUACCAAGUUACGAGACAUAGAACUACUGACCCUCUCAAUGUUUAGCCAUAUCAUUGAGAUAGGGUAAUCACCGAUUCUUCUUCACUCCAAGCCAUUACUGCACUGUAAGGACUUUUAUUCUAGAGUCUUAUCUCAUCCUGGAACUAAACAUUCCCGUCCCGAGACUGUAUUCGACCCAUACUCCCAUAGCCAGAGCCUCGUUAGCCGGCAACGCCGUUGCCCAGCGUCCACCGCGUGGAGGUGAGGUUGGCUCAUGCUAUGGGGGCCGGUGGAUGGUGCAAUACCUCCCCCAUAGCUUUGGACAGCCAUACAAUUAAGGCAGAGGUAUAAAAAGUACCCCUCCUGCACCUAGACAGUCGCAAACCAUUUAUUAUAUGUAA